AAUUUCUUUUUCACACAAAAGAUUAACGACGGUUAAUUCCAGAAUAACCAAAGUAAUUUAAUCGGCGUUUCUAAAAGUGUUAUUUUUAAAUCAAGAAAGGACUUUGGUUCGGUUGAAGACGUACAGUUUUGUGUUCGAAGGCGAGAUACCCUGUGGUAAGUUGUGACUGGAAGUGAGAAUUCCUGUGCAAGUGGGGCGCCCUGUGGCAAUUGUAAUAUCGCGGGAAUACUUAUGUUAUUGAAUACGAUUCCCUUGUGCAAGUAGUGAACCACUAAUUUGGCAAGAUUAAACAAAACAACAAAACACAACAACUAAGAGAAUAUCCUAAACACAGAAUUACUACAACACAAGAGAUAGAUAAUGAAGUCAAGUGCAACAAUAUUUUUAACUCUUCUAAAUUGGCUAUAUUUAAUAUCAAAAACAGAGACUGAAAGUUGUGGUCGGAUGCCGGUUGAAUUUAAAAACAUCAAAAACGCAACAUUUAUCAUCGGUGGGAUGUUUCCAGUUCACUAUUACAGUAGCAACGCCAAGGGCUAUUUAUACAACAGCCCUGGUUUGAUGUGGAUAGAAGCAAUGCAAUUCGCUCUCUCUGAAAUCAACAACAGCACAACCUUGUUACCAGGCGUCAAGCUAGGAUUUAAAAUUUACGACAGUUGUAACACGAUUAAUAUAGCCGUAGAAGCUGCUCUGCGGUUGACACAAGGCUUCAAAGACUUUCGUUCGAACGAAACUUGUCCGUGCGGUAAAACAAUGAAGCCUGCGAUAGCAUUAGUGGGAGACGCAGCGUCAGCGACAACGACGCGUGUGGCUGCGGUAUUAUCCGCGUCGAGAACAACGCAGAUUAGUUACUCCAGCACUUCGACUGAUCUGAGUGCAAAGCAUUUGUAUCCGUCAUUUCUACGGACAAUUCCGCCAGAUAAUUUUCAAGCGAUUCUUAUAACCGACUUGAUGAGAAGGUUUAAAUGGAAAUACGUCAACGUCGUGGCUUGCGACGACAGCUAUGGUCGAGUCGGAGUAAAUGAACUCUUACCACGAUUUAAAAAGUUCAACAUUUGCGUUGCUAUUAACGAAGUCUACGACGUAAAAAACGAUAUUAAUCAAACAUAUACUAACCAAGUCAUACAAAAAUUGAUCGACGAAAAGGAAGCGACUGUUAUUGUAUUAUGGUGUCAAAGACCUGAAGCAGUGAAAGUUUUGGAAGCAGCACAAGAGUUGAAAUUGUAUCACAGAACGUGGAUAGCUACUGAAGCUUACGGUAGAUCUUCAAGUAUACAUAAAAUACAUCCGAAUGUCGUGAAAGGAAUGUUCGGUAUAAUUCCAGCCCAACUUAGUUACCAACCCUUUGAGAAUCAUUUAAAGAGCGUUACACCAUAUCAACAGCAUGAAAAUCCAUGGCUACACGAAUAUUGGACAACCAAAAAAAAUUGCAGCCGCAGCGGGUUCACCUAUAUUUGUGAAAAGCAAAACACUGAUUUGACGGAUUUGCCGACAAAUAAAUAUGUGAACGUUAUUGACGCCGUCUACGCCAUAGCGUACGGCUUACAGAACUAUCUAAAUGAUUACAAGCAUCAUACUCACAAAGCCGUUGAAGCCGAUGAAUUGCUGGAGUACGUCAAAAACGUAACAUUUAUCGGCAAAAGUAACGCCGACGUUUCUUUUAAUCACUUGGGAGAUCCUGGCGACGCGACGUAUUCGUUGACGAAUUUAAAGUACGACGCUGUAAGCAAAACGCUGUCACAUCACGAAGUUGGAAUGUGGAACUACAAAACCCGAAAUAUAACAUUCACGGAUUCUAACUUGCAAUUUGCAAACGAUUCAUCAGAAGUGCCGUCUUCAUCCUGUGCUGAAGUUUGCUUACCUGGUUAUAAGGGACUGACAUUCGGCGACCGUCCGUGUUGCUGGAAAUGCGUCAGAUGUCCGCCAAUGACAGUGCAGCCUAAUUACGGACAGUUAGUGUGCACGGAAUGUCUUAACAGUAAACUUCCAAAUAAAAACCAAACAGAGUGCAUACAACCCGAGCUACAAAAGUUAAAAACAAACGACGCGAAUGGAAUUCUUCUGAUCUUCUUCACGGUGGUGGGUUAUAUUGUAAUACUCACAAGCACAUUUAUAUUUUACAAAAACAGAAACACUCCGAUUGUGAAGGCAUCAAACACAAAUCUCUCCCUACUACAGCUCUUCAGCAUGCUCUGUAUACUCACCCUGCCAGCUCUAAUCUUCAAAAGCGACACUACCGAAGAACUAUGUGGAGUACGCUUAUUUUAUUUCGUUUGUUUCUACACUAUCGCAGUUUCGGUAACAUUCACGAAAGCAGACAGACUGUUACGAAUUUUUAAAGCGUCGAAAUCAGGGAUAUUGGCAAAACGAAGCAUCGUCAGAGGAAACGGCGUGCAAUUUGUUACUGUUCUGGUGUUAACCAUUAUUGCAUUGCUGUUAUGUACAGUAAUUUACGUUCCGUUUCGCCCAAAUAUUGAAAAGAUUGUACAUUACGUUGGUGACGAAAUUCAUGUGACAAAGUAUUGCAGUGGUUACUACGAUUCUAUAUUGUUUAUAUUGAUCGGCUACAUCGCCAUGAUUGCGCUAAUAUGCGGUGUUUACGCGUUUAAGGCGCGUAAACUACCCGAAACGUACAACGAAGCUCGAUACACAAGUUUCGCCAUGUUUACGUUUUUGCUGAUAUGGAUGAUGUUCGUUCCACUGUACUUUAGCACAACAUCGAAAAUUAACCAGUUGUCGAUUUGGUGUUUCAUCUCUUUUGCUGCAGUAGUGGUCAUAUAUACCACCAUGUACCUACCGAAAUUACUCAUUAUAUUAUUUAAACCGAAAGAGAACACGGCCGAAAGAUUUCGCGAAAAGUUGAAAUUUCGAACGAAUAUAGACGUAAACACCAGUCCUCAUACAACAGAACCGACAAUUUUACCGGACAAUAAUAAAAAUAACCGCGAAAGUAAAUACAUUAUCAAUAAACAUUAACAUUUUCUCUGAACGUUUAUAUGCUUGGAUGUGUAUAUGUUUGGAUAGUAGCUAUAUGAGAUGUUUAUCGUAUGUAAGAAUAGCAAACUUUUCUUUUUCUUAAGCAUUUUCUUUGAAUUCAAGUAGCUAUAUAUAUUUUUUUAAUGAGAAUUUUUAUGUUGUACAAAUAGAAAAAAGAAUUUAAAUAAACCAAGGUAAUACACCAAGAGAAAAUUUCACUGAUUCCCUGGAUGAAUAUCCA